AUGGCUCACUACAAUGAUCCAUCCUGUGACGACCUCGCCUGGCAUUCCGCCGAGGAGUCCCUUCCAAGCUUGCCAAAUGAACAAGAUCGACCCGACGAUUUCUUGGAUUAUGUCGACUACACCACGGAGUGGCCAGUCAAACCACGCGUCGACCCAGUCAAAGUCGAGGCCCGACGCAAACUCACCAAAAUUCAGGACAACCUGAAGCAAAUUCGCACUCGUCGUAAUGAAGUUGUCCAGAAAAUGACGUCGAGACGGAUCCCUUCGCCCCGCUCCGGCCUUAUCAAGCGACUGAGGGUGUUCGAAAUCUCCGUGAUACUCAAAACCGUCAUCAACUCCCUCGCCAGCUCAAAUUUCGACCUCGGCAUGAAGGAAGCGGAGAAGGCUCUGGAGGUUGCUCAAAGGCUGGAGGACAAAGUGACUCUCGCGCGCUGUUACUACUGGAUGGGUCGAAUCGAGUUCAAGCGAGAGAAUAUUGCUGCAGCCCAUGCAUAUUUCAAAAAUGCAUUGCCCUGUGUUGAGAACGAUGAAUGCGCAGAAGGUAACUUUGUGGAAUUUUGGUUCAACAUUUCCAGGUCCGGAAUUGGCGGACAAUAUCGAAAACGCGCUGUUAGCGACCACAAUCGCUACGUGGUCGAGAAAUUCGGCAAGCCAAAACCUCCACUGGGUUCCAGCUCGACAAUAUCAGAGAAACGAAAGUAUCAAGAACAAGGCGAAAUCACCCUUAGGGCAGGAACUGCCCGAGACUCGGGCAGACGGCAAGCACAGACGGACCAGAGACACAAACAAAAUCGAUUGGUACCAUGGAGGAUCCCUGACAUCGACAAUGAAACGAGCGACGCUUCAAUACACUGCCAGCGGAAAUUCUCUGGUCCGGCCGAGACAGAAUGGCCUCCGACUCAAUUCCACCCUCCUCUUCCAUGGAAAUCAUUCACCUUCCAAUGCUAUCCCAGGGGGCUGUCACCCCGUACACGUCCCACGAAGAUAUUUCGCCCGCAUCCUUGGGAAAUUAUUUACACAGCGAAGAGUUGGGAAAUCCUUCAUCAGCGUGCCACUGGCAAGUUAAUCACUAUGACCUGGCUGGCCAAUGAAAGGAAAUUGAAUGGGGAGAUAAUAUACAAAAGGCUCAGGGAAGCUCGAAGGCGAUGUAUGGAAUCAACUGGUCCCGAGAGUACAUAG